GAUUGGCUGCUCAUUUGUCAUUCUGGAUGAAGUUGUUCUGUUUUCUAGUUUGUAACAAGGACACCUGUGAAUAAGGCAUCUACAUCCAGACAUGGCGAAAGCAGUGCCACCUGAGACCACCCUUUCAGAGGAGCUGACCUGUUCUGUGUGUUAUGAGCUGUUGACUAACCCAGUGAUGUUGGACUGUAUGCAUCACUUCUGCCGAGAAUGCAUUACAUGUUAUUGGAACGUCUCCAAUAAUGAACCCACCUGUCCUCACUGCCGGAUGAAAAUACCUGACAAAUCUGUAAAGUCCAACCAACUCCUAAACAAGGUGGUAGAUCUGGUGAAGAAAUGCAGCACGUCCGAGUACCACAACAAAAUAGAGAGUGAUCUAAAGGAACUGCUAAAGACACGGGAGCAUCAAGUGGGAACUUUAAAUGAGAAAAGAACAGACGCAGAGAAAAAAAUUCGAAGUGUGAAGAAAAGUGGGCAUGAUAUUAGGCUAAAGAUUGCUGCAGAAUUCCAGACCCUACAUGAAGUCCUACUAAAGGAAGAAAAGCAGCUGUUGUCCUCUGUAGAUGAGGAAGAGGAGAAAGCGUUGGUUCGACUGCGGGACAUUGUAAAGAAACUGGGCAAACAGAUUGCCAGUCUAGCUGGGAAUAUCUCAUUUAUCCAAAAGACACUGAAGAAAUCAGGCGAUUCUUUUGUUUUGGAGGCAGAAGCAAUGAUGCGACGGCCACCUGUAAGGUUAGAGUCUCCAGUCCUGGAUAACUGUGACCUGUUCUACAAGCACAAGGGUCCCUUUCAAUACAUGGUUUGGCGCAGGAUGUUUAAAUCCAUCCAUCCUGUUCCCGAUCCAAUGACCUAUGACACCUCUUCGGCCCACACAAGUCUUAUAUUCUCCAAUGACCUGAGAAGUGUGACAGAUGGAAACAGAUCACCUCACUCUCAUGUUGGAGACUCAUCUAAAAGAUUCCUGCAGUGUAUCAAUGUAUUGGGGUCUCAGGUAUAUCAUAGUGGUAAACAUUACUGGGAGAUCUGGGUAGGCAAAAAGACCAAAUGGGAUUUGGGAGUGGCUUCCUAUUCUGUAGAUCGCAAAGUCCGAGUCAAGCUAAGGCCAAAGAAUGGCUAUUGGACAAUCCGCAUGCUUGGCAAUAAUAAGUAUGUAGCAGCCACUGAACCUUGGACUGCACUUAAAAUAGAAACACCUCCUAAGAGGAUCGGUGUAUAUCUGGACUGUGGGGAUGAUGAACUAAUGUUUUUUGAUGCUGAAAGUAUGGUCCACCUGUUCACCUUUACAGGGAUAGAAGCAAAGGGCUUCUGCCCUUUUUUUAGCCCUGGUUUUCAUGCGGACCAAAACUCUGAGCCAUUGAAGAUAUGUCACUUGGUCCUAUAAUUCAGCAUUUCACAGCUCUGAUUCAAUAUUUUUUAUGUUCUUCUGUAGAGACAGACCUAUAAAGAACUAUCUUUAGUCCGGCAGUAAGGAAAUUACUAUUACCAAAAUGACCUCCAACACGUGUAGGGUGUUUGUCUAAAAUUAUGUGUUUUCAGC